CGAGGUAAGGUCGCCGCCCCGGGCGCUCGGUCCUCGGCUCAGCAGCACGGACGCCUUUCGGGGAGUCCAUCCACCCUUUGCUGGGCCAGGGCCCUCUCUCUUCAGAACCUGAGCAGUGAUGACGUUUGCUGAGGACAGGACCUAUAAAUAUAUCUGCCACAAUCACAGCAAUUUUCACCGUGUUGAUGUUCUGGAGAUUCUGCCUUACCUGUCCUGCCUCACAGCAAGUGACCAGGAUCGACUGCGGGCCUCUUAUACGCGCUUAGGGAACCGGGACACCCUCUGGGAUCUCUUCAACAGCCUACAGCGGCGGACGGGCUGGGUGGAUUCCUUCAUUGCGGCACUGAGAGCCUGUGAACUGGCUGGUCUCGCUGAGGAAGUGGCCAGUGUCUACCAUAGCAACCUGCCUCGGAUCCCAAACCACCCCCCGGCCCCAAUGGAGCCGCCAUCAGUUCCUGCUGAGGUUCCAGGGUCCUCUACACCUGCUGUGGCUCAUAGCAUCCCCUACAAUGGCUACAGGGAGGAGGACCCAAGUUACCCCAUGCCUGUCCAGGACACACAGCCGCCAAAGUCCCUGGGAGAGAGUUCAGAGCAAAUCUCACAGACACCCAGCUCUGGGGCCAUCCUGAAGAGGCCGGCUGGCCCCCAGGAGCCCUCAUCUGACCUGGCAGCCCUCAGCCUGCUGGCCUCCAGCAGGCAUCAGGAGCAGGACACAGAACUGGGCAGUACCCACACAGCAGCCGUGGUCUCCAGUCUCACAUCAUCGUGCGGGCCUGUGUCUCCAACUGUCUCCUUCCAGCCUCUGGCCCGUUCCACCCCCAGGGCAAGCCGCCUGCCUGGACCUGCAGUGUCAGCUCCAUCUCCUGGCACCUCCUCCUCCUCCACUGGCUUGGCUUUUGCAGGGGGCGUUGGUGACCAGGCUGAGGCUGCCAUUCACUCCAGUGAGGCAGAGGUACCUGCCAACCCUAUGACUGCCAGCACAGUGCCCUCCAAGCUGCCCACCAACUUGAUGCCUGUGAACACAGUGCCCUCCAAAGUGCCUGCCAACACAGCAUUUGCCAGCACAGUGCCCUCCAAGUUGCCCACCAGCCCCAAGCCUCCCAGUAUAGUGCCCUCUAAUGUGCUCACCAAUCCAGCACCAUCUAAACUGCCCAUCAACUCAACACGUGCCAGCAAGGUGCCAUCCACAGUGCCCACUAGCAUGGUGCCCACGAAGGUGCCUGCCAACACAGUGCCUGCCAGCAGGAGCAGCACCAGAGCUGAGGAGACCCUAGCAGCUCCAGCACCCACAGGUGCCACAGGAGGGACUUUGCCCUGGCCAGACAGCAGCUCUGAGAGCCAGCAAUCUGGGUCAGAGCUGAGCAAGCCUGGCGUGCUGCUAUCUCAGCUGGACUGCCAGCCCUUCUCUGGCUGCACCGCGGAUCUCGCCAUCAGCCGCAGCGACUCCCUGGGUGCAGUGCCCAGCCAUGGUGUGGGGCCCAGCCAUGGUGAGGAGCCCAACCAUGGCCCAGAAGAGAAUGAAUACGUGUCCGUGGGUACCUUUGGGAUCCAUGUGGCCGAGGAUCCCAGUGCCGACCUCCUGGAGGCCUGCCCCAGGCCGUGUGUCACCCCGCCGCUCAAGGAGGAGGAGGUGGUGCGCUGUGUAUGGGAUGUGCCCUGGGCUCCAUGGCUCUGGGUGGCUGCAACUGGGGUGCUCAUGGCCACAUUCCUGGCCAUGUUGUACCGGCGGCGCCAAUUCCAGUGAAGCCUCUCAGCCCUCCCCACCAUGCAUCUGCUCUGUUCCCCAUGGUAUAGUCAGACCCACUCUGGAGAGGGGCUUUCUGGCCGCCCUUGUCCCUUUUUCGGGGCUGGCGAAUGGUUGGGUUAGAGGGGAGCUAAGGGACUGCAGGACUGGUGAGAGGCAGUGCCAUGGCCGGACCAAGUCCUGGGGGCAGCAUUUCCACCCCAGCUCAUGCCCUCUGAAGAUUCCUUACCAUCCUCGGCUUUCUGGGCCCUGAGCUGCCCCCUGCACUCCAGACCUCACACACUCAGCAAUCCAGGUUGUCUCCCAUGUCCUCCGGAGGAGGUGCCACUGUCCAGGCCUCAUCCCUGUUUCCCCAAGCAAGAUCAGGAAAUGCUGCUGAAGAGCACACAAGGGUCGGCAAUGCCCUUUGUCCUGCCCAAGUCCUCAGAGGCCAGAGGGCAGGUGCGUGGGGUGGGAGACCCCACAAGACCUCGCUCCCAUCCCCAGCAGCCCAGCAUGAAGUCCAUUGCACUGGAGCAGGUGGCAGUGGCAGGGAAGCUGCUCUCCAGGGACCCAGCUGCUUUGAGUCUUCUGCUCCUCUGGUGCCCCUCCCCUGCGAGGCUACCUGGGGGAGGUGCAAAGGUUGCCAAGGACACCAGGGAAGCCAGAGGGAGUUUCCAGGCCUAAAACCUCUGGAGCCCUUUUCCAGCUUUCUCACCCCUUCUUUCCCUCCCUCCUGGUCUCCAUUUUCUUCAGCUCCCUACACAACUUGGGGAAGGGACACCCA